CUCCCCGUCUCUCUCCCUCCACAGACUAGUCUUGCAUGUCUCUGUUCUGUAGCAGUGAAUUGAGUGCGGUUGAAGGAAGCCCACAUGACGUUACCUCUUCAGAAAGUAACGUGCCUGUGCCUCCACUCUCAUCAUUAACUUUUCAUGCACAAUAGCUACUGGCAACUAGAGGUGCCCGAUAAGCAUUCUGCUGCAGGUUCAGUAGGAAGGUAAACUCAGUUCGCUGUGCUGCUACAUGUCUGUGUGUAAUGAGUAUAUGGUUAUAAGUAACAGAAAGAGGAGUACUCGCAUAGCAGUAUUGUCAUUUAAAUAAACACUGUGGAAUCAUCUUAUUAAGAGCCUUCAUUGUCUCCCUUACUCCUCAAGUCUCACUGUUGGCUUGCCACAGGUGACACCAUUUAGGAAUGAGGGUGGGUUGGAUCAUACACUGGGUAACUGUCCUGUUAAGAUAUUUCACAGAAGCCUGAAUUAAAACAAAGCAAGCUUCAGUACCUGAGCCCCUCAAGCUGGCAUACAUCAUAGAAGAGUAGAGCCUGUAAACAUCCACCUAUUCCCUCUGCUUCCUCUCCCUACCCUCCUCUUUCCUUCUCUCCCUUCCUAUUGGCUCAGCCACCUUCCUCUCUCCCUUCUCUUUUCCCAUCCCCCACUUCUCUACUCUCUCCCUCUCUCCUUCCCUUCACUGGGCUGUGUUGCACAUCUGUUGCUUUUGCUAGCGGCCGCUUGUCCACAGUGCUAGGAUAGCGGGGCGUAUGAAAAGGCUAGCCACUGCUGAGGCAGAAUAUCACGCUACUGAUGCAGCUGUGCCUGGGUUGGAGGAUUAACAUCGCGGCUCGCUGGGUGGCUGACAUUAUUAACUAGAGGAGGAGGAGAGAGACUCCAGUACACACACAGAAAACCAGCUACAGCGGAACACGUCAACAGCAGUAAAAUCAGUGGCUUAGCAAGAUCGAGACGCUGAGUGAGGGAGUGGAAGAUCAUCAAACCAGCUGUAGUCAGCUGACAGCCCCGUAGUUGUGAACAGGUUGAUGCUGCUGAGAAGGAGGGAGAGCAGAAGAGGAUGGGAAGCAGUAUCAUCUGAGCUGAAUGUAGAAUCAAGCAGCUGCUUCCGUCCUGUGAGCGAUACCAGAUAGAGUGGAUGGAGAGUGUGAGUGAUAUCAGAGAGUGGAGGCAGGGAUAGAGAGUGUGAGCGAUACCAGAUCGAGGGUAUGCAGGGAUGGAGAGUGUGAGCGAUACCAGAUAGUGGAUGGAGAGUGUGAGCGAUAACAGAUCGAGUGGAUGCAGGGAUAGAGAGUGUGAGCGAUACCAGAGAGUGGAGGCAGGGAUGGAGAGAGUGAGCGAUACCAGAGAGUGGAUGCAGGGAUAGAGAGUGAGCGAUACCAGAGAGUGGAUGCAGGGAUAGAGAGUGAGCGAUACCAGAGAGUGGAUGCAGGGAUAGAGAGUGAGCGAUACCAGAGAGUGGAUGCAGGGAUGGAGAGUGUGAGCGAUACCAGAGAGUGGAUGGAGAGUGUGAGCGAUACCAGAGAGUGGAUGCAGGGAUGGAGAGUGUGAGCGAUACCAGGCAGUAGCUCAUCCAGUAAGUGCUGUAACCUGGCUGCUGCAGUCGGCUGGAGGGAGCAACAGCGAGAUGGAGAGCUCGGUGUUGUCGGAGGCAGCAGGCUACCUCUGCUCCUGCCACCUACAGACUGGCACACACAGCUGGCAUCGCUAAUUUGACAGUCCUGCUACGGCCAACGUCCGUUCCCCAUUUUCGCUUUCCCUCGAUGUGACUGCAGCUCGGAUGGAUUUUUAGUGCUUUGACUCCAGGGCCCCGGCAUCAGUGAUCAAGACUACCACUGUUCUCUUUUCUUUUUUAUAGUGUGUGUGUGUGUGAUUUGCUGCUAGCUGUUUCCCUAUUCUUCUUCUCCUCUCACUGCUCUCAUUUUGUCCUGCUGUAACGGUAGCCUUUUUCACGGAGACCACUGAUCUGUUGCAAGACAAACAGAGAAAAGUAAUAUGGAAAGGCAUUGGACAAAUGGACGAAGGCUGCACAGCCAGCUAUACGGAAUCUACCAUCGAUGGAAUCUAUGUGUGUGAUCAUCGUUGUCUGCUGGCGUUUCGCUGGAAGGAGUGUUGAGGUAUCAUUGCUGGAGUGUUGAAAAUCUGCCUGGGAGUAUGAUAACGGAGGUUAAGUUUAGCGCUGUGAGGACAGUUGUGGGUUCUGGGCGUCUUCCGCCCCCCUCUAUCUCUGUGAGUCUCAGGUCUCGCUCGAACAGUGCCAGUGCUGUCAGCCAGAAGGCCUAUUCCCAGGAUGCGUACCUCCGAAGCCGCAGUACCUACAGUGGAAACGCCCGUCACAUCCCCGAGCCGCCCCCCAUAUGUUACCCUCGUGUAGACUUUAAGCCCCCAGGGAUGGCCCAGGCUACAGAGACCCCCUCCCCAGUUGGAGUGGGGGUACAGGGAGCAUGCCGGGGGGCAACACCACCAGACACGGGGUACCGCAUGGAGAUUCCCGUGCCCCCCUCCCCUCCUCCUCCUGCACACCCGUACCCCAAAUCCCAGACCGCGGCGUGCAUGCGCAAUGACAGCGUGAGGACUGUGGUAGUUCCUCCAGAGCUGGGCCGUAUAGGACCAGCACACAGAAUAGACUAUAGCCUGGUAGGGUCCCCUGACCCUGGCCUCAUCAGAGUGCGUCCUGGGUCUGUGUCCCACUACCCCCUGCCACGGAAAACAGACAUCUACCCCUCUGGGGCGAGCCUCCUCAAUUAUAGUGCCCCGCUACACCAGUACUCCCCCAACCCUGUCUCUCACCAAAACAUAGACUGGCGGACGUACCAGACCUACAGGGAGUACAUCGAUAACAAGAGUAUCCACGCCUAUGGCAGCCGGACCAUCCAGGAGAGACUAGAAUGCCUACGAGCCGCCAGCCAGAACACCUUCAACUCCUCCCACCACAUCCCCCGGGGUGGCUGGGGCCCCAACCCUAAGGGUCUCCGGCGCAGGAGCACCUCCCACGACCGCGCCUACCAUGGACCUCCGCCCCCCUUCCACCACAUGCCCCCCCGCAGCUCUUCCCAGGACCGUAUGAGUAUGGCGGAGCGGGGGGUCCACCCCAGGAACUGGCCUCCUCGUAGUGUGUCCCAGGAUGGGUUAACACACAAGGCCCGGGCUCGCUCCUCUGACUGUGACUAUGUGGACUCUGUGGAGCUGGGCCGGCCCAUGGUGGAUAGACGGGGCUACGCUAGCAGGCUGGACCAGGGUACCCGCCCCAGCAGGCAGAGCCUCUCCAAACAGGCUGUCCAUCACCGACCCCCUGCAGGGUAUGGUAGGGACAGCCUCCGGGGAACGCCAAUGCCCAACCCUACCCUCUAUGCUAAAGGACCAGAGCAGCUCCAGCACCAGCCUCACAGCGUUCCUAAUAUGACCCAAGACAGACCCUCUCACCUGGGGAAGAUUAUCAGCUUGGAGCCCUCCCCAACUGACCAAAGAGCUGGGGUCAAAGAUGUGAACCAUGUGAGCCAGAGCAGGGGGCGGGCGGAGACCAUGCAGCCGGCAGGGGAGGUGCCAGGGAGAGAGGUGGCAGCGGUGGUGGGCCAUAGGUCCUCGUCCUUAUCCGCCUCCCAUCAGAGACCACAGAGACUUGGGAUUCUCAAAACCUCCCACCACCACCCACCUCGCACAGAGCCCCAGGCCCAGGUGAAUGGUCGCGGCCCUUCGGCCUCAGAAUUGGGCGUCGUCCUCAGGGAAAAGCCUCCUGGGUCGGUGAAGAACCCCAGCCCCCUGCGCCACCCUUCCUACAUCCUGGCGGUGAACGAGGAGGACGGUUCGGAGCCAGCAGCGGGCUCGCUGUGCUGGCUGCCCAACGAUGCGCGGCGGGAGAUGCACAUGCGGCGGCUGAGCAAGAAGCAGGAGAAGGACCAGACCUCAUGCUCCUCCAGCAACCUGGAAGAGUCCCUCGACUCAAUCCCCUUUAUCGACGAGCCGGCUAGCCCUAGUGUUGACCAUGAGGCCACUAGCCCUAGUGUUGACCAUGAGGCCACGUCCAUUCCUGCUUCCGCCGUGAUAUCUGGCGUUCCAGCCGUACUCCCCCUGAACCCAAGCUCCUCCCCGUGCCCUUUCAUUCGCCGACAGAUGUCACAUGACCAAGAGUCUCUCAGAAAUGCUAUCCUGGAGUCUGAUGCUUCGACCCAACAAGAGCGGUCCAAAUCCUGUGACGAGGGUCUGGAUAACUACAGAGAGGAAGGCAGAGGCCGGUCCAACAGUAAACACAUGCCUGGACUGAGAGGCCUAAGAAAGGCUCUGGAUGGACACAAGUCGUCUGAUGACUCUGGUUCCAGACGGGACUCCUCUUCAGAUAUCUUCAGUGACUCUUCUAAAGAAGGCUGGCUCAACUUCAGGCAGCUCAACACUGAGAAGAGCAAGCGUGUGAGCGGGGGUUCGAGGUCGUGGAAGCAGAUGUACGCUGUGCUGCGAGGCCACGCCCUCACGCUCUACAAGGACAAGAAGGACGGCAUCUCUCACGCCUCCUCCCACUCCCAGUCCGACGACGACCCACAGCCAAUCAGCAUCAAGGCCUGCCUGAUUGACAUCUCCUACAGCGACACAAAACGCAAGAACGUGCUGCGGCUGACCACGUCGCACUGCGGGUACCUGUUCCAGGCGGAGGGCAGGGAUGACAUGCUGUCCUGGAUCAGAGUCAUCCAGGAGAAUAGUAAUCUGGAUGAUGAGAGUGCUGGUAUAACCAGCCAGGACCUGAUCAGCAGAAAGAUCAGAGAGUACAACACCAUGAUGAGUGCCCCCAGCACCAAGACUGAGCCUUCCCCCAAAACCUCCCGGCAGUCACUCAGUAUCAGACACACACUCCUGGGGGGGAAGGGAGAAGGCAAGAGCCCACACUCACCCAAAACAGGAGAGAGGGAUGACUCCAGUCCUCCACGGGAUAAGGCUGCCUGGAGGAGGGGCAUCCCCGGCAUCAUGAGGAAGCCCUUUGAGAAGAAGGCCACAGCUGGGGUCACCUUUGGGGUGCGCCUCGAUGACUGCCCAUCUGCACAGACCAACAGGUUUGUUCCCCUCAUUGUGGAGGUGUGCUGUAAGCUGGUAGAGGAGAGGGGGCUGGAGUACACUGGGAUCUACAGAGUACCAGGGAACAACGCUGCCAUCUCCAGCAUGCAGGAGGAGCUGGACAAUAAAGGACUGAUGAGUGACAUCGACAUCCAAGAAGACAAAUGGAGGGACCUAAAUGUGAUCAGUAGUUUACUGAAAUCCUUCUUCCGGAAACUUCCAGAACCCCUUUUUACAAAUGAAAAAUAUGCCGAUUUUAUUGAAGCCAAUCGAACAGAAGACGCAGUGGAGAGGUUGAAAGAGCUCAAGAGGCUGAUCCUUGAAUUGCCCGAGCAUCACUAUGAAACCCUCAAAUUUCUCUCUGGACACCUCAAGUUGGUCUCUGAAAACUGUGAGAAAAAUAAGAUGGAGCCUCGUAACCUGGCCAUCGUGUUUGGUCCGACUCUGGUCAGGACCUCAGAGGACAACAUGACCAAUAUGGUCAACCACAUGCCAGACCAGUGCAAGAUAGUGGAGAACCUCAUUCAGCAGUUUGACUGGUUCUUCACUGAGGAGGGGGACGAUGACCCUGUUACCUCAGUGGAACAGGAGAGUACAGUGCAGUCUCAGCCUGUGCCGAACAUCGACCACCUGCUGUCCAACAUCGGCCGGACCACAACAACCACCUCAGCUGCGGAAGUCUCAGAUUCAGCAUGCAGUGACUCCUCCAAAUCAAAGCAGGGCUUGUGGGGCUCUGGGAAGGACCAGUGUAGCAGGGAGAUGCUUCGCUCCUCAUUCUUUGUCAGCCGCAAGCGUAAGAAGCCCAAGGACAAGGCUCAGCCCAGCAGCUCUGACGACGACCUAGACGCCGUGUUUGCUAAGAAGGAGCAGCCAGAACAACAGAGCAUGAGCCACCAGGACCUCCACCCAACCUGGUCCCUAGACAGCCAGACUGAUGUGGAGAGGGAGGCCAGCGAGAGAGGGGAACAGCCAGGGGACAGGGUCCAAUCCAACGGGAAAGAGUCCCGUUCAGACGGCCUCAUGUCUCAGCCCUCUCCAUCCCCCUCUCCCAAACACACCCCAUCCCCCUGCCUCCGUACCUCCUCCACACGCUCGCCCUACACCUCCCAGUCCCCCCGCCUCAGCCACCGCAGGCAGGUGGCCCACCAGUCAUCUCUGUCGGACCCACCCUCCAACUACGAUGAGGUCUCAGACCUGGGCACCAUGAACAGCACCAGCUCUCAGGCAUCUGUGACAGGACCCAGGCUGAGGCAUGGCAGGACAGGGGCCCUGGGACCAGAAACUGGGGCCAGUGGCCUGGGGGCCGAGGUCAGCUCCAUCACCUCAGAUUACUCCACCACCUCCUCCAUGACCUUCCUCACCGGGGCCGAGCUGAGCACGCUCUGUCCAGAGGUACACUCGGUGGCCGAGAGCAGGGGAGGAGAUGACGCUGAUGAUGAGCGUAGUGAGCUGAUUAGUGAGGGCCGGCCCAUGGAGACGGACAGCGAGAGCGACCUAUCGGUGUUUAUUGGGAGCGUGAAGGAGACCCGGCCGGGGAAAGAUUUCUGCCAAUCAGACGUGCCGGAUGCGCCCAGGCCCCUCCCCUCCCACAGACUCAUCGAGUGUGAUACUCUCUCCAGGAAGAAAUCUGCUGCGCGUCAGAAGACUGACAGCGAUUCCUCUUUGGACGGAGGGCAGAGCGACAAGGAUUCCAAUAGGCUGUCUCGCGUUCUGGGGGUGGUUAAGGGGCGUUCCACCAGCAGCCUUAGCUCCUCCUCCCGCAGCGAGUCAGAGAAGGGGAUUGAGCCUGCAUGGCGUCUCAAGAUCACAGACCGGCUGAAGUUCCGUCUGCGGACGUCUGUAGACGACAUGUUCGGGGUGGGUACCCAGCAGAGCCGCUCUCCAGAGGGACGCAGGGACAAGAAGAAGAACAUCAGACGCAGACACACCAUGGGAGGCCAGAGGGACUUUGCUGAGCUGUCUGUGAUGGGGGACUGGCAGGGGGGGGUGGGCGGGGGCUCGCGGGCAGAGCUGUCGGCCGUGGACCGGCUGAAGCCCAAGUGUUCUUCCCAGGACUUCUCCAUCCGGGAGUGGAUUGCCCGCGAGCGCCACCGCACCUCCAACCCCGAGGUAAGCCUGGACUUCUCUGAACACCAGGGGGCACUGCUCCCCCUACGCAACCCCGACCCCCAGAACCCCAACCACCAGGUCCAGGAGGCCCCGUCGUCGUCCCUCUCAGACCCCCUCUCACCACGCCCAACUCCAGCUGAGCUGCUGAACGGAGACACAGGUCCCCAGAGUAAAAGCCUGAAUCUGUCGGCCACCGCACACCCACACAAACUCUCUGGUGCUCAGGUGGUCCAGUCUCGCUUCUACCAGUACCUGUGAGAGGUGGUGUCUGUCUGUCUUUGUCUGUGAGAUGUGUAUGUGUUUGAGAGUCUGUGAGUGGAUGUGAAUGAUGUUUGUAAAUGACCAGUGAGCAUGUACAGGUACUGUGAAGUGACGUUAGUGUUUACUCAGUCUUUUUGGUGGUGUGUGUUUGUACGCUUAAAGUAAUAAGGGUUACUGCACAGGGGUGGUUUAUCUGACUGACACAAGGCAUGGAACAAAACAUUCAAUUCAUGUUGAUACAUUUUCUCCUUUUUCAUGACAAAUGACAGACUUUGGGAUGGGCGUUGGGGUAGAGAUAUCCUCACUCCUAACAGAAAUCUCUGUUAUGCUGAAGAUUGCGACUCGAGGGCCUCUUGCUCAUGGAUGAACUGAUGAGUCAGAAAGUUGAUUGGUGUAAGGAAGUGUAAACAUGGCUGGUGUUUCAAGUUAAAGAUUGUGAAAAGGUUGGUAAGUGAAAAUACAGUAACUGACUUGUAAGAGGUAGGCUACAGUAGUGAAAAAAGUUUUUUUUUUAAAGUAUUGCAGAUGAACUAUUUUUGUUGUAUGAGGGUCUCGGUUGGUUAAAAGUGAGUCCUUCAGUAACCAAAUGUUAAGAAUGUAUGACGUGCUUGCUGUAAUACUGACUAUAAAGCUUUAGUUGCUUGUUCACAUUUUAAAUUGUACAGAUUCCACUCCCUCUCUCUCUACUUGAAGUGUGUUUUUAUUUUCGGGAUAGCCUGUGUUUUGGCCUGCCAUAUGUGCUCUGUGACCGCCAUCGAGUGACCUCUUUCAAGGUGCAUUGUGACAAGACUCUGGACUAACGGCGUCAUGAAAAUACAAAAAACCUUUUUAUUCCACCCUGUUAAGAAAAAAGCAGUGAACUACUUCACUCUAAUUCAAUAUGCCGUGUGCUUGUGGUUUCAUGCUUUGGUCAAUUAAGGGCAUGGGAUGGGGGUCAAGAGGGAGAUAAAUAUGAAUAAUCAAAUCUGAAAUCAUGGUUCUUUCGCAAUAGGAAGUGCCUCAUAAUGAAAUGUAAAGGGUGCCAAAUCGUCUUUGUUGAGAUGCAUAAAGAUUUUACUGUGAAUGACAUUAUCGUGGACUCACACUGUCAUUCUACAGGUUCUCUUAAACAGAGGAACGCCAAGCUUCCAUUUCCUAGGCAUUCCACUUUGGUCUUCACCUUUUUUAUACUUUAGUUUUUUCAUUUUGGAUUAGCAGAACUUGAAUUUAAAAUAUUUCUGUAUAAAGUAGCAUAAAUGCCAUGUUUUAGCUGCCUUUGUUUUAUUUCCAUCAAAUUUCCAGAAUUUUUUUCUAAGUAAAAAGUACAGUAUUGAGAUGUUGCUGAUGGUAGAUUACAGACUGGUGAUAGUCCAGUGGUUCUCUGGGGAGCGAUGACAGAUUCCUCCCUGCAUGUGAAAAGGCUUCAUUGAGCUGCCGGACCGUUUGUAUCUUUAUGGCAUGUUUUGAGUGGAGGGCCAUGGGCUCCUAAACACUGGAAAUAAAUCUUAUCAAUGGCUACAA